CCCAAUCAUAUGUGAUUUAUCGACCCGAUAGACAUAUCAAGACUAAGCCGAAAAUGACGUCAGUGGGAGUCCAGGCGGAGAUUACGGACCCGGAGGGCAUCCUUGGGGUCAUCCGCUCCUUCCGGUCCCAACUGCUCGAAAUCAGGGAUGUUAACGAGACCCUUGUUGACCUGAGAAAAACACGCGAGUCAAGCAUCCAGCGAACCCUGAGUCUAUCUGAGCGUCUAUCGGAUAAGAUCGGCGACUUGCUCAGUGGGGCGCAGACGAUGGAGACGCUGUUGCACGAGGACUGUGACGCCAUCAGCACAUGCAAACGGGAGCUUGAGGACCUUAUCAAUGAAAACGAGCGUCUGGAGCACGAGCUGGGCGGCCACGAGGUGCACGUGACGGAAGGGGACGUUCAGAUGGAACAGAGGCUCAACGGUUUUGUUGAGGCCGAGUUAAGCCAGCGUCUAGACGACCUUGUUCGCAUCAAUGAGCGCCUGGCUGACGCAGAGAAGCGGUACACACAGGAAUGCGAGGCGAUGAAAGCGGAGUCGUCCGAGUUUGAUGUGGAGAGGAGCCGCCUACUGGGGAUGCUGGACUACACGAACGAGCUCACCCUUGCCAGGCUUGUGGGACAACAGACGGACAAAAACGACGAUUCUGGUCGGGACCUGGCAAAGCGGUUGGUUGACCACCACAAAAACACGCUAGAACACAGACAGCUCUCCAAGGAGAUUACGGACACACAGAAUGUGGAGCAAGAGUUGGAGUGUGAGAUCGGUCGUCUGGUACAGCAGAAGAAACAGCUGUGGAAACGCUGUCUCGAUCUGGAGAACUGUCUCGAGCAGGUCCAGGAGACAGAGGAUGAGCAGAUCAUGUUGCGGCCGACCGCGGCCUACACUGACCUUCCGGCCGUCAUCGAGGGGCACCACCACUUGCAGGCCUCAAGUGAUACACAUGUGGAUGAGGAGGAGCAGGUUGAUCAUGGGCGCCUUCUUCACAGAUGUCACAAGACGACACAUCUCUCGAUAGACUUCGCUGAAAACGAGGAAGAAUUCACGGAAACAGAGGUCAUAAAUCAGAACGACGCACAUUCUGACCUCAAGCAGGAACAGGAAGACAAACCGGAAGUUGGUCCGUCAAAUGAGGAGAAUGAGAAAAACGAUGACAACACCCCUCCUGUGGACGAGUCUGUUGAACAAGUCAAGCGGUUUGUCUCCACAGUUAUUAAUCAAGAGACGAGCACAAGUCACGCGGGCGUGUCAUUGAUCGCCAAGCUCCGUGGCCGAAUGAAGAGCGCUAGCACACCUGACCCUUCCCGCUCCAGUCGCUUUAAGCUCAACGCCGCCAGCUCACUUCGGCGUCUCAGCCCUACCAACUGGAGGAAACGCACUAGAUAAAUAGAACAACGCAAUUUUUAUUUCAGAAAUCUGGGUUUUUUUUCUUAAUUUUCAAUCGCAGGCC